AUGGACAAACUCCUUUACUUCCCAUUUAAGCCAGCCCACCAGAAGUCCAGCAUCACGAAGCUGGCAAAUCUGCUUUCGCUCGAGGAGAUCCUGUACCUCAAUCCGACUCAUUCCGUUCAAGUGACCCCAAACCCAAUCAGUUCCACCAGCGAACUAAGCAUC